UGUUCAUUCUUUCAAACUUCUUCCUCUCAUUUUCUAUUCUCAUUCUCUGCCAUUCCGAUUCCCUUUCCCUUUUCGGUAAAGAAAAGAAUCUAUGGAUAUUGAUAAGAUUUUUGGGAGCAUUCGACCGGUGAGUGUUCCAAGGAAGAGUGCAAUUUAUGUGUGGGGAUACAAUCAAUCAGGGCAGACAGGGAGAAAGGGGAAAGAGGAUCAAUUGAGGAUUCCAAAACAGCUUCCUCCUGAGCUGUUUGGAUGUCCAGCUGGUAUCAAUGCUCGCUGGUUAGAUGUUGCUUGUGGUCGAGAGCAUACCGCAGCUAUAGCCUCUGAUGGCUCUCUUUUUACAUGGGGAGCUAAUGACUUUGGUCAAUUGGGAGAUGGAACUGAGGUGCGAAGGAAACAUCCAACGAAAGUAAAACAAUUGGAGUCAGAGUUUGUAAAAUCUGUAUCCUGUGGAGCACAUUGUUCUGCUUGCAUUGCAGAACCUCGUGAAAAUGAUGGUACCAUCUCGACUGGACGACUCUGGGUGUGGGGGCAAAAUCAGGGAUCAAAUCUUCCUAGAUUGUUCUGGGGGGCCUUCAAACCUAACACAAUUAUUCGUGAAGUGUCUUGUGGAGCUGUCCACAUGGUUGCUUUGUCUGAGGAAGGCCUACUACAAGCUUGGGGGUACAAUGAGUAUGGUCAACUUGGCCGAGGCAUUACUUGUGAAGGACUACAGGGGGCUCGUAUUAUAAGUUCUUAUGCUAAGUUCCUUGAUGAAGCCCCUGAGCUUGUGAAGAUUACCAAAGUGUCAUGCGGGGAGUACCACACAGCAGCCAUUUCUGAUAAGGGCGAGGUCUACUCAUGGGGGCUAGGAAAUAUGGGCCAGCUUGGGCAUUCUUCACUCCAGUACGGGGAUAAAGAGUUAAUUCCAAGGAGGGUGGUUUCCCUUGAUGGUAUUUUUAUAAAAGAUGUGGCAUGUGGUGGAGUACAUACAUGUGCUGUGACUCAGAAAGGAGCACUUUACGCUUGGGGUGGCGGUCAAUCUGGGCAGUUAGGCCUCGGCCCCCAAACUGGAUUAUUCUCGUGUGUUGCUAAUGACUCUCAGAUAUUUUUCAGAAAUAUUCCAGUUUUAGUUGUUCCAAAAGAUGUGCAACUUGUUGCUUGUGGACAUUCCCACACCCUGAUAUCUAUGAAUGAUGGUCAAAUUCAUGGAUGGGGUUACAAUAAUUAUGGUCAGGCAGCCAAUGAGAAAUCUACAUAUGCUUGGUAUCCAUCACCUGUUGACUGGUGUGUUGGGGAGGUCCGAAAACUUGCUGCUGGCGGGGGCCAUUCAGCUGUGUUGACUGAUGCUUGUUCGUUGAAGGAGUUGUGUGAAUUUAUACUUGCAGAUAGUAUGACUUUAUCUAAUGCUGCUAAGGUUGAGGAUAUUGCAUCUAGAACUGGAUCGGAUGCUUUAGCACGCCUUUGCAGAAGACUCAGGGAGUAUAUGCUUGCUGGUGGUGAUCAUGAACAAACCGAGGAGAUGAACAGAAAAAUCUGACAAAGCACACAAAUUUAGUGUUAAUCAUCAAUUGUGUAUUCAUGUAAUAAUACGUGUAUUCAUAACUGGAACUUUAUUAUUUGAACAAAAGUAAUCAUGUGGUAGAUACAUGUUCUGUACUUAGCCUAAUAGACAAUAAAUUUACCUCUAUUGAAUCAGCAUAUUAUCUACUGAGUAGUAUCCUAAACUUUCAGAAUGAGCUCUUGAUCUGAAUCUGAGACCCGUCAUAUAUAAA